GCUGUGUGCAAAAGGGGGAAAAAAUUUGGUUUCACGGACAGUACAACCGAACUAGCCUCCGACUUCACUGUGGAUCUUUCAUGUUUUUAUUUUUUUUUAGAAGAGCCACAUCAAACUACCUCUAAGAUUACACAUUUCUCCCAGAUUUUCCUGUCCCGUAAUCAGUAUGUCCAGUAGCCCUAUUAUCAGGGUUCUGGUGGUGCUUUGCAUCGGGACCGCUGUGAACUGUAUGCCGAACAGGAAAAGCAGGCGGCAGGCUCAUCAGGGAGAAAUAAAAAUACCUUCAGUAUCAUCCGUCUCUCAAGACGGCUGCAUUGAUAAUGGGCAAAUGUAUAACAUUAACGACCAAUGGGAGCGUUCCUAUCUGGGCACUAUGUUGAUCUGCACUUGUCACGGAGUUGCAGGAAUUAAGUGUAAAACGAAACCCGAAGCUGAGGAGACCUGCUACGAUAAGAUCAACGCCAGGUCUUAUCGGGUUGGCGAGACCUAUGAGAGACCCAAAGAGGGCAUGAUCUGGGACUGUACAUGCAUUGGCUCAGGCCGGGGGAAAAUCAGCUGCACCAUUGCCAACCGCUGUCAUGAGGGCGGUCAGUCCUAUAAGAUUGGGGACACGUGGAAGAGACCUCAUGACACUGAAAGCUAUAUGCUAGAGUGUGUCUGUCUGGGCAACGGCAAGGGAGAGUGGACCUGCAAACCUGUUGCGGAGCGUUGCUAUGACAACACGGCGGGGACAUCCUACGUGGUGGGUGAAACAUGGGAGAAACCGUAUCAGGGCUGGAUGAUCGUAGACUGCACCUGUCUAGGAGAGGGGAGUGGCAGGAUCACCUGUACCUCUAGAAAUCGGUGUAACGACCAGGACACACUGACGUCCUAUCGUAUCGGAGACACCUGGAGCAAGACGGACGCUCGAGGUCACAUGCUGCAGUGUCUGUGUACGGGGAACGGGCGUGGCGAAUGGAAGUGUGAGAGACACGCCUCCCUCCACACUACCGGUCUGGGCACUGGGUCCCGUGUGGUCACCAACAUCCAGCCGGCUGUGUAUCAGCCCCACCCCCUUCCCCAGCCCGGCCUGGAGCCUCUCCCCGGUCUAGCCCAGGAAGGGGCCUGCCAGACGGACGCGGGGGUGGCCUACGCCCUGGGGAUGAGAUGGAUCAAGACCCAGGGGAGCAAACAGAUGCUGUGUACCUGCCUGGGCAACGGGGUCAGCUGUGAGGAGUGGGAGGGCCCAGCCCCAGUGUACGGUGGGAACUCUAAUGGUCAGCCCUGUGUGUUCCCCUUCACCUUUAUGGGAAAGACCCACCACUCCUGUACCUCAGAGGGACGCCCCGACGGGCAGCUGUGGUGUUGUGUUUCCUCCGACUGCGAGACAGAACAGAAAUUCUCCUUUUGUACCAAGAAGAAUGUGAUGGUGACAACCAGAGGAGGAAACUCUAACGGUGCUCUGUGUCAGUUCCCCUUCCUCUACAAUGGGAGAAACUACACAGACUGUAGCGCCGACGGGCGCAGGGACGGCAUGAAAUGGUGUGGAACCACCACCAACUAUGACGGUGAACAGAGGUUUGGCUUCUGCCCCAUGGCUGCUCACGAGGAGGUGUGUACGACCAGCGAGGGCGUGAUGUACCGUGUGGGAGACCAGUGGGACAAACGCCACGAUGUCCUGGGACACAUGAUGCGCUGUACCUGCGUUGGGAACGGACGUGGAGAGUGGAGCUGUAUCGCUUACUCCCAGCUCAAAGAUCAGUGUAUUGUGGACGGGUUGACCCAUGAGGUGAAUCAGACCUUCACUAAGCUUCAUGAAGAGGGCUACAUGAUGAACUGUUCCUGUUUCGGACAGGGCCGUGGGCGCUGGAAGUGUGACGCCAUUGACCAGUGCCAGGAGCCAGAGACCAGGGUGUUCUAUCAGAUCGGCCAAUCAUGGGACAAACUGAUCCACAGCGUCAUGUACAAGUGUUAUUGCUAUGGCAACGGUAUCGGCGAGCUCAGCUGUGAGCCCCAACAGUCUUUCCCAGGUGGUAACCGUCCAGUCCAGGUGAUCAUCUCCGAGUCUGGUAACCAGCCCAACUCCCACCCCAUCCAAUGGAACGCCCCGUCCUCCGCACACAUCACACAGUACAUACUCAAGUGGAGAGUGAAAAACACCCGUACCCCUUGGCGAGAGGUGAAUAUCCCGGGUCACCUCAACUCCUACACUAUCGCUGGCCUGAAGCCAGGCAUCACCUACGAGGGUCAGCUGAUCAGUGUGCUACGUUUCGGACGCCGCGAGGUCACACGCUUCGACUUCACCACCACAUACGGCUCCUUGGCGACCUCCGAGGGAGAGACCACCCAGCCUCCUCCGGUGGUGGACAUCAGUGAGUCUGUUACAGAGAUCACUUCCAGCAGCUUUGUCAUCUCCUGGAUGUCUGCCUCUGACACCGUGUCUGGCUUCAGGAUCGAGUACGAGCUCAGCGAGGAGGGACAAGAGAGAGGACAGCCCAUGAUUCUCGAUCUCCCCCGCACCGCUACCUCUGUGAACAUCAAUGAGCUGCUUCCUGGAAGGAAAUACACUGUGAAUGUGUACGAGGUGACACCUGCUGGAGAGCCCAACCUCAUCCUCACAACCUCUCAGACCACUGCUCCGGACGCUCCCUCUGACCACGAGGUGGACGAGGUGGGAGAGACCUCUAUCAUAGUCAGCUGGGAGAAACCCCUGGCUCCUAUCACAGGUUACCGUGUGAUCUACACCCCGUCUGUAGAGGGCAGCCACAACGGAGCUGCGACGGAGCUCACCCUGCCGGACACCGCGACCUCCGUGACCUUGAGUGACCUUCGACCAGGUCUGCUCUACAACAUCAGUAUCUACGCAGUGGAGGAUAGUCUGGAGAGCGAACCUGUGUUCGUACAGGUCAACACAGCCGGAGAACCCUUACCAGAGGAAGUCCCGUCUCCUACAGACUUGCAGUUCUUCGAGGUGUCUGACGUGAAGAUCACCAUCACCUGGACGGGGCCCCCUACUGACGUGUCUGGGUACAGAGUGACUGUGGCCCCCGUCGGUCCCGACGGGACCCCUCAGAGAGAACUCCAGCUCCCCGUCACACACAACGCCUAUGCAGAGGUCACCCACCUGACCCCCGGGACUCCGUACCGCUUCAGCAUCUACACCGUCAAGGGAGGAGAGGAGAGCCAGCCGCUGGUUGCAGACCAGGCUACCAAGCCUGAUUCCCCAGCUGAUGUUCAUUUCACCAACGUGACUGAGGACAGUGCUCUGAUCAUGUGGGUGCCCCCCCGGGCCCGCAUCACCGGAUACCGUCUGUUCCUGACUCUGGAGGGAUCAAACCCUAAACAGCUACGCCUGCCCGCCCGCCUGUCUCAGUACACCCUGCUCAACCUCCGCCCAGACACGGAGUACACGGCCAUCCUGCACUCUGAACAGGAUAAUACGCUCAGUGAGGGCGCCUCCAGGACCUUCUCCACCACUCAGCUAAUGGGGAACGCCCCUCGCUUCAGUACUGAUGUCACAGACACCUCCAUCAUCAUCUCCUGGACACCCGUACCCCGAGUGGGAUACAAGUUGACGGUGAGGCCCAGUCAGGGAGGCGAGGCCCCCAGAGAUGUGACCUCUAACUCGGGCAGCAUUUAUAUCUCAGGCCUGACCCCUGGGGUUGAGUACACCUACAGCGUUCAGCCAAUCGUCAACGGAUAUGAGCAGGGCAACCCAAUCACACGCCGCAUAGUCACACCUCUGUCUCCUCCUACUGACCUCAAACUGGAGUCCCACCCUGACAGAGGAGAGCUGACUGUCCAGUGGACCGAAGCCAGCACCCCAGACAUCACCGGCUACAGGGUGACAUGCACGCCAACCAACGGGCAGCGAGGAAACAGCCUGGAGGAGUUUGUGAAAGCGGGUCGGACCUCGUGCACGCUGGAGAACCUCAGCCCUGGCGUGGAGUACAACGUCAGUGUCUUCACCGUUAAAGAUGACAUGGAGAGCGUUCCUGUCUCCGCCACCGUUACGCAAGACGUGCCCCAGCUAACAGACCUCAACUUCGUCGACGUCACCGACACGACUAUCGGCCUGAAGUGGAACCCACUGAACUAUACGGCGGUCACAGGCUACCGUAUCACGGUUAUGGCAGCCGGGGAGAGCGUACCCAUAUUCGAGGACAUGGUGGAGGCCACCACCGGGUACUACACCGUGUACGGACUGGAGCCCGGCAUCGAUUAUGACAUUUCAGUCAUCACCGUGACAGAGAGUGGAGAGAGCGAGCCUACCACACUCACGCAGCAAACUGCCGUUCCUGCCCCUACUAACCUGGGUUUCCCCGAGGUGGGUCCUGACAGUAUGCAGGUGACCUGGACAGCUCCUGUGGUUCCUAACCCCGCUGACAUCAGCAGCUUCGUUAUUCGCUACCACCCCAUCGAUGACGAGGAUGACAUCACAGAAAGCAGCGUCGGAAGGAACGCCGACACCGUGGUUCUUAAGAAUCUGAUUUCCAACAAGGAGUACCUGGUCAGUGUGGUGUGUGUCUAUGAAGCGAGGGAGAGCUCCCCUCUGGUCGGCACCCACAAAACAACUCUGGACUCCCCCAGCGGUCUACGGUUCUCAGAAAUCCUGACCAACUCCUUCACGGUGCACUGGCAGGCCCCCAACGCCAUCAUCACUGGCUACCGGAUUCGUUACCAGAUGACCAGCGGCGGGCGGGCCAAGGACGAGAGGCUGCCGCCAUCCAGGAACCACUUCACCCUGACCGGGCUGACCCCCGAGACGGAAUACAUCGUCAACAUCUAUGCCGUCAGCGGCCAGCAGGACAGCAAGCCGCUCACCGGCAAACAGAAAACCAUCUCUGAUGCUCCUACUGACCUGGAGGUAGUGUCCUCCUCCCCCACCAGUGUCACAGUCCGCUGGGACGCCCCCUCUGUUACCGUGAGGUACUACAGGAUCACCCAUGGAGAGUCAGGUCUGUCCGGUGGCCACAGCACCCCUAAAGAGUUCACUGUGCCUGGUUCCCAGUCUACUGCCACCAUCCAGAACCUGAGGCCUGGUACUGACUACACCAUCACGGUCUACGCUGUGACCGGCAGAGGGGACAGCCCAGCCUCCAGCACACCCAUUUAUGUCACCCACAAGACAGAUAUUGACUCUCCUUUGGAGAUGAAGGUGACCGACGUUAAGGACAGCACCAUCACCGUGAGGUGGUCCCCGGCCCAGGGGCCCGUCCAAGGGUACAGGAUCACUGGGGUCCCCAAGAACGGACAGGGUCCCUCCUUCUCUGAGACCGUUGCUCCAGAUCAGACUGAGAUGACGUUCUCUGGCCUGCAGCCCACGGUAGAGUACAUCCUCAGUGUGUAUGCUCUGGGACAGGACGGAGAGAGCCCUCCCCUGGUUGAGACUGCUGUCACUGCCGUGGGUCGCCCCACAGACCUGACCUUCUCUAAUGUUGACUCCACCUCCAUGACCAUUUCCUGGGACUCGCCCGACGGCCAGGUGACGUCGUACCGCGUCCUGUACGCCAGCCCCGACGAGGGCGAGAGGGAGCUGCGCCCCGCACCCCGCGGAGACGAUGAAUCGGCAACGAUCCACGGCCUGCGACCCGGAAGUGAAUACACUGUGAAGGUCAUCGCCAUGCACGACCGUACUCCCAGUCCUCCGCUGGUGGGCGUUCAGGCCACAGCCAUCCCUGCCCCCACCAACCUUGAAUUCUCCCAGAUCACCUCCUCCUCCUUCACCAUCAACUGGCGCACCACGUUCAAUGCCCGUCUGACCGGGUACCGGGUGGUCGUCAACCCCAAGAACAAGAGCGGUCCCACCAAGGAGAUGAAUGUUGCUCCCGACACCACACAGGUCCACGUGCCGGGACUCAUGGUUGCCACUAUGUAUGAGGUGCAUGUUUACGCCCUGAAGAACUCUCUGACGAGCCGCCCAGUUCAAGGAGAGGUCACAACACUGGACAACAUCAGUCCUCCUCGUCGCGUGCGUAUCUCUGACGUAAAGGACUCCUCCAUCACGCUGACCUGGAGAUCCAAGACCGAGACCAUCUCUGGCUUCCUGGUUGAGGCCACGCCCACCACCGGAGGCCGCACCCCCAUCCAGAGGACCAUCGCCCCUGAUUCCCGCACCUACACCAUACAAGGUCUUCAGCCUGGCUCAACCUACAAGAUCAACAUAUACACUCUGAACGGCAAUGGCCGCAGUGCUCCCUUCACCCUCACUGCCACCACAGCUAAGCCUGUGGUGUCUCCCCCCACCAACAUCCGGUUCACCUCUCUGACCCCUAGCAGCAUCUCCUUUACCUGGGAGGGGUCCCGUAGUGCCGGGGUCACCGGGUAUUACGUCACCUACGAGGAGGCGGGGGGCAUCCCCCGAGAACUCACCCCACGACCCACCGCUUCCCGCAGCCAAGCCAUCAUCACUGGUCUGAAACCAGGAACUGAAUACGUCAUCAAGAUCGUCACCCUGCAGAAUGCUCUGAGAAGCACUCCUCUCGUGGGCAAGGCUAGAACUCAACUGGCAUCCCAGCUCCCUGUGUCCCACCGGCCCAGCCCCGACAUCCUGGAUGUGCCCGAGGACAACCCCAACUUCAACGAGAACCACGUCCAGCUGGUGGGGACUAACGGCCAGGACACGCUGGGCCAGCAGGGCCAGCACAUCUACACAGAGUACCAGAGCCUGGGCCCCAACCCCAACGUCAGGGACAACCAGGGCCCAGCUAUCCACCACCGUGAACCCCUGGUCUACAUCCCCGUCCCAGGCCCCGAUGGCCAGAGAGUGCCCCUGGUCCGGGUGAGCGAGGGUCCGUUAUCGGGUCUUCCGUUUGGGUUCCCUGAGAAUGAGACCGGGUUUGGGGUGCCGCAGGAGGCCCAGACACACACAACCAUCUCAUGGCAGGGUGUUCCCCAGAGCUCAGAGUACAUGGUAUCCUGUAGCCCCAUCACCAACCUCGAAGAGAAGAUGUUCCAGAUGCGAUUACCAGGCACUUCUACCAGUGCCACUCUGAUCGGGUUGACGUCGGGAGCCUCCUAUAAUGUCAUUGUGGAGGCCAUGAGAGGGCAGGGCAGGGAGAAGGUCCUGGAGAAGAUAGUCACCGCUGGCAACGCUGUUCCAGGAGACCACCACCCCUCCAACAGAGACGUGUGUUAUGACACGUUCACAGCCACCUACCAUGAUGUGGGUGCAGAGUGGGAGCGUAUGUCAGAGACAGGCUUUAAGCUGUGGUGCAGGUGUCUGGGGCUGGGCAGUGGCCAUUUCAGAUGUGAUUCAUCCAAGUGGUGUCAUGACAGCGGGAACAACUACCGCAUAGGAGAGAAGUGGGAUCGUCACGCUGAGAAUGGUCACAUGAUGAGCUGUGCUUGUUUAGGCAACGGGAAGGGAGAGUUCAAGUGCGAGCCACAUGAGUCGACGUGUUAUGACGAGGGGAAGAUGUACCAGGUGGGCAACCAGUGGCAGAAGGAAUACCUGGGAGCUAUCUGUACCUGCACCUGUUACGGAGGACAGCAGGGCUGGCGCUGUGAGAACUGCAGGAGACCGGGAGCUCAGACUGAUGUAGAUGUGGAUCUGCUACAGCCUCAAAUACACCAAGACGCAUUCGACCGCUACAGGGAGAACGCCCUGAAGAAACUGAACAUCCAGUGCCCUAUAGAGUGUCUGAGACCAGAUCUCCUAGCAGACGUACAGCAACCCUCCGAGUAAAGAAGGAGAGGGGAACCACAUCCUCCUCCUCAUCCUCUACUCACAUUACAGGACCUUCAGAAAGUAUUCCCAUCCCUGGACUUAUUCCACAACUUGUUGUUACAGCCUGAAUUCAA